AUGCGCCGCGGCGCUCCGACAGCGACGGCAGCGAGACGCGGAGCUUUUCGGCUCCCGGAGCCGCGGCUCCUCCUCCGCUCCUCCGGGACGCGGAUAGCGGCAUCUCCGCCCGCGGGGCGAGGGAACGAGAAACAAUCAGAAGACGGCGUCGCAAAGAGAAACUUUUCUGCAGGCGGCCCAAAGCGGAGCACGGCCACGCGGCAGCACGGCUCCGACUCCUGCUCCAAAUGUUAUUUAAUUUUGUCUUCAGAUUCCAGUAACUUGAUGCUAAGAAUCUACAGAGCUGAGUCAUACGCUGGCCUCCAAGAGUAUAAAACAGCCAUAGAAGAUCUAAACUUUGUUAUUUCUAAAAUGCCAAAUUGGCCAGAGGUCUACUUCCGGAAAGGAAAAGUGCUGCACGACUCUGGCUUUGUAGGCGAUGCCUUACAACUGUUUCUACAGUGCUUAGCCCUUGAUGAAGAUUUUCUUCCAGCCAAGAUAGAAGUAGAAAAGACAUUGUGUGAUGUACUGUCACCAGAGAUUCUAGGAGAGAGUUUGAAGGAAUCUGCUUGGAGUUCACCACAUACUCGAAAUAAAUCUUUUGUGCUUGGUUCUGAGAUGACUGAGCCUUACUGCAAUUUACAACUUUGUCCUGAUCAGAGUUUAGGAAGAUCAGAGGUACUGGAGCCUGUGAUUGGAAGCCUAAAUCGUGCACAAUCUGCCCAUGCUCUUAACUCAACAAAAGCCCUUGCCAAGGAAGAUGGCUUAAAGAGAGUAUCUUCUGAACCUCUUCUGUCUGGCCGAGAAAAAGGUGCUUUGUUGAAAAGAAAGCUUUCAUUUUCAGAGCAGGAUACAUUUGUGUGUGAAGAUGGAAGAAACAAACACAAAAAGCAAGGAGAAAAUUCAAACAGGGACAUGAAACUGGCUUAUGGAACAGUUCCAGAGAAUUUGAUUGACGUAUCCGAUUUUGAGUGCUCUUUAUGUAUGAGGCUGUUCUUUGAGCCAGUGACAACACCUUGUGGACACACUUUUUGCAAAGGUUGCUUGGAACGGUGUUUAGACCAUGCUCCUCAGUGUCCACUCUGUAAGGAGAGUUUGAAGGAGUACCUUGCAAGCAGAAAAUAUAGCAUCACAGAGCUACUAGAGGAAUUAAUUAUGAAAUACUUGUCUGAUGAACUGUAUGAGAGAAAAAGAAUUCAUGCUGAAGAAACGGCUGAACACUCAAAGUAAGCUUCACACCUUUUACCUAGAAAA